ACUUUUUAGUAAAUAAUUUUAAAGUUUUUUUUUAAAUACAUUAAAAACUUUUUGUUUGUUUUUUUUGGUUUGGCCACCGAUUAUCAUCAUCAGUGGACAACCGAUAUAAUCUGGUUGUUGUGGUGGUAGUGAUUACCACCCGAUUAUCAUCAUAUCAAUAGGUCUGACCGGUAGAUCAUAUAUGUCGUCAUACAAGCCGUGCAGCAAAGGCUGUCCAAAAACUGGCGCUUCAAAGACAACAACUAACGGUUACGGCGGCGGCACUGGUGGUCAUCAAUUAACGUCACCGUUCAGCAACUCGCCGAUAGCACCGUCCACGCCAUCGUCAUCGUCAUGCGGUGCCCGAUCGCCAUCGCCGCGAGUGACCGAAUUGCCAGUCGGUGUCCGAUACGUACGCCAAACACCGCAAUCGAUCUAUAGUACGGCCAAAAAUACAGCCGCUUUUUGCAGCGGCGGCAGCCGAACGAUAACCAAAUCGCGCGAACCGUCGCCCGCUUUCAAGUCAACCCGAUUUGCCGAACCGUUGACCUCGACUAUCCGUUCUAACAACAACAACGGUACGGCCAGUUCGCAGUUAAAGUCAUCCGAACGAGUCAGUCGCCAAUCGCGGCCAUUAUACAAGCGACCGGUGAUUCCACCCGCCAAUGACGUAACCGACGAUCACAAGAUAGUUUCGGUUAGUCCGGCCACUAAGCAAUCGUCGCCUAUAUUCUCGACUGGUUGUGUGUUUGGCGGCGACGGUAACGAUAAGUUACAGCACAAGAAUGGCAUUCAGUUGUCAAAAGAAUCGUUUCCCGAUUCGGAUAAGCCGUCGCCGAGAGAGCGGCAAACUAUUAUUAAGUCUGUGAUUAAUGCACCCGACGGUACAGUCAAAAGAUCAUCAGUCAUAACACCCAAUGAUCGUAUGAAUGUCCACAAGAAUACCUAUUCGGUACCGUUGUAUCAAUUGUCAUCGGAUGGACACAAUGACCAGAAUCGGUUGUCGGUCAACGUUAAUGUUGCCGUAGGUCUCGAAUGCGACGACGAAAAGGCUAAACGAAAGCAUCGUUAUGUUGACGAUUGUAUUUCAGAAGAAUCGGAGUCCGAACCGCGUAAUUAUUCGGACGAAUUGGACAGCAAUGUUGCCCAAUCGGUCGAGGGUUCGAAAAUUCAAGUGGCCGUCCGAUUGCGACCGUUUAUCAGCGAAAAACUAGAAUCGGUAGUCGAAAUGUCUGGCAAUACGGUUAGGAUUAUCAAUACCGACAACGAUAACUAUAAUCGAUUGGAGUUCGGUUUCGAUCACUGUCUCAAUUCGGUCAAUAGAGAUAUCUUUGAAUUUGCCGAUCAGGAUAAGGUGUUCCUGAAAAUGGGUCGACCAUUGCUCGACAGGGCUAUGGAAGGCUAUAAUGUUUGUAUGUUUGCCUACGGACAGACCGGCAGCGGUAAAAGCUAUACAAUGAUGGGCACCGACACCAAUCCGGGCAUAAUUCCCCGAUUCGUUCACGAAAUGUACAAACGAUUUCAAACAGUAUCCGAAGUCGUGUUUACCGUUGAGGUGAGCUAUUGCGAGAUCUAUAACGAAAAGAUCUACGAUUUGUUGUCCGACGAUAAAAAUGCCAACAAAAAGAUGCUUCGGAUUCGCGAACAUCCGCAAACUGGUCCCUAUGUCGAGAAUUUGGCGGUCCGUGCAGUGGAAUCGUACAACGAAUUGAUGGAUUUGUUGAAAUACGGUACCAGACGUCGGGCCACAGCGUCGACAGCGGCCAACGAUAUCAGUAGUCGAUCGCAUGCAAUAUUUACCAUCAAUUUAUCGCAAAUGCGUCAAUCGGACCACGAAGAUCUGGAUACCAGUUGCUACUGUAGUUCGCGUGUCAAUCUGAUUGAUUUGGCCGGCAGUGAACGUGUCGGUCACGCCGGUACCGGUGGUGAACGGCUCAAAGAGGGUGCACUAAUCAAUAAAUCAUUGUUAAAUUUGGGUAAAGUUAUUACCAAAUUGGCCGAAAUCAGUACCAAACAGAACAAAGUGGCGCACGUGCCGUAUCGCGAUUCGCAGCUGACUUAUCUAUUGAAGGACAGUCUCGGCGGCAAUUCCCGUACGUCGAUGAUUGCUACCAUAAGUCCGGCCAAAUGUUAUUUAGAAGAAACCCUAAGCACUUUGCGUUACGCGUCGACCGCCCGCAGUAUUGUCAACUAUGUCCAUAUCAACGAAGAUCCCAAAACAAAGAUUAUUCGGGAACUGUUGCAAGAAAUUGAAUUUCUCAAAAAUCAACAGAUAAUGCAUUGCGAUCAACAACACCUGUUGCCACCACAACAGCAACAACAAGAAGAGGUUAUCAACGAUUAUGUCAACGACGAUACCAUUGACGAAUGGGACGAACCGCCGGAAGAGCCCAUUGAGACGACCAAACCGCGUACGUGUACUAUAGCUACGAACACGUCGUUUGUGACCAUUGACUGUUCGGAUAGAAAUAACGAUAACAAGACACCGAUGACGACGACACAGCCGCCGCCGGAACCACUACCACCACCAAAGCUGACCGCAACUAUUGCUACAAACACAUCGUUAGUAAGUUUGACGAACACUGGCACCGAACCGAUGCCAACACAUCCGGAGCCGAAACCACCUCAACAGCCAUCACAACCGAAACCAAAGACCAAGAAUACGGCCACUGAAAUGUCAUUUUCGGAAAAGGCAACGAUUACCGUCUAUGUGGAUCUGCCCACACCUAUGGAUAUGAGGCGAACCAAAGAUCUCGAGAAUAUGCAACAGAAAUUGCUAAACGAAAUACAAAAUCUAAAGGAAAAAUUGCUCGACAGAGCUGAUGGUUGGCAACCAAAAGAUUGUAAUAAUUGGGGUAAAAAUGAUAAUAAACCUACAGAUAAUGGUAAUGGUUGUUGGAAUAAAGAGAAUAAACCUAAUAAUAAUAAGAAGAAGAAUAAUGGUUUUAGUUGUGAUAAUUGGGGUGAAGAGAAUGAACCUAAAGGUGAUGGUAAUAAACCUCUAAAUGGAGGUGGUAAUGAUAAUUGGGAUGAACCUGAUAAACCUGUAGAUGGUGGUAAUUGUGAUGAAGACAAUAAAUCUACAAAUGAUGGUAAUGGUUAUAAUGAUGAUUAUUGGGAUGCAGAGAAUCAACCUACAGAUGAUGGUAAUGAUGAUAAUAAACCUACAGAUGAUAGUAAUGACGAUAAUAAACCUGUAGACGAUGUUAAUGGUGAUGAUUGGGGUGAAGACAAUAAACCUAUAGUUGAUGGUAAUGAUGGUUAUGAGGAUAAUUGGGAUGAAGAGAAUCAACCAACAGAUGAUGGUAAUGAGGAUAAUUGGGAUGAAGACAAUAAACCUAUAGUUGAUGGUAAUGAUGGUUAUGAGGAUAAUUGGGAUGAAGACAAUAAACCUAUAGGUGAUGGUACUGAUGAUAAUCAACCUACAGAUGAUUGUAAUGAUGAUUAUUGGGGUGAAGACAAUAAACCUGUAGUUGAUGAUAAUAAACCUGUAGAUGGAGGUGGUAAUGAUAAUUGGGAUGAUGGAUGGUAAACAUUUAAUGUUAGAUAUAUAUAUAUAUA